AUGAGCACCGUGCACAGGCCUUCGCCUCCCAGUGCGGCUGACGUGCAGACAUGGCUUCAGCGGCAGUACCAGCUGUUGGAACACGAACGUCAUGAAGAAGCUGAGCAGAAUAAAUUGCUCUUAGCACAGUGCUCACCUCGUGUGUUAGCCAGGCAUGGAUUGGCCCUGCUGGGCUUGACGGUCACGCAGGUUCGCACUGGGCAGGACGCCAAAACUCUGGUGGAAUUGGAGCAUUCCACGGCGCUACAUACGUCUGCCCUGUUUGGACCACAUACAUUUCGGCCAGGCGAUAUUUGCCUUGUGGAAGAACAUGACGCGAAGAAGGGAGCUAUACCUGUCAGUGAACGUGGCGUCGUUUUUCGUGCAUCAGAUACCAAGAUUACCAUUGCUCUGCAGGACCGAUCCAAGACGCCAGAGGAUGAGAGUCCUUCUCUGCCACCGGUCGUGCGCGUGAUCAAGUUGGCCAAUGAUGCAACGUACGAUCGCCUGGUGAAGACGCUGACAUCGUUGGCCGAUGCUUUGGGCAUGCCACCCCCGCCAUCUUCGGAGACCGCUAUGUCAAUAACUGCCACGCAUCCUUUGUUUCGUGUAUGUAUGGGGCUGGAUGUGCCUUCGUGGACCAGCCAUGCCCCUGCUUGGACGCCUUUGCAGACACGUCUGAAUGAAACGCAACUACAAGCAAUCUCGUUCGCUCUUCGUGCAGAGCAGCUAGCCCUUAUUCACGGGCCACCAGGGACUGGUAAAACAACUACCAUGGCUGAGCUCAUUGUUCAACUAGCUAUCUUGCACCCCAACGCACGGAUCCUCGUAUGCGGCGCAAGCAACUUGGCCGUAGACAAUCUGCUGGAACGAGUCGUCACAACGCCUGCCUACAAAGAAGCGUUAGCCGAAGCUGGCUGUGGUGUUACUCGGAUUGGACACCCUGCGCGUGUUCUCUCUUCUUUGACAGGAGCGACGUUGGAUGUACAGUGCAGUCAAUCUGAUGAGGGCCAGUUGAUGCGAGAUGUGGCGAAAGAAAUCGAUGAUUUGAUGAUGGUCUUAUCGCCACCAGCAGGGGCACGCGCUGGCAAUAAGAGCGCUCGAAAGGCGCCUCGUCCUAAAGGCGCUGAGCGUCGGCAAAUGUGGGAGCAAGUGCGUGAGUUGCGCAAGGAAUACCGACGGCGCGAUCGCGCGUUGGCUGGAACUGUGCUGCACAACACGCGCAUUGUGAUGGCGACAUGUCAUGGGGCAGGCAGUCGUGAGCUGGAGGGACGUGUAUUUGACUACGUGAUUAUCGAUGAGGCGUGCCAAGCCCUGGAGAUGUCUUGCUGGACGCCUCUUCUUCGUCUCGCUGCGCAUGGCAAGAUAAUUUUGAGCGGUGAUCACCUGCAACUGCCGCCCACAGUCAAGGCCGACGCACCGGCGCUGCGGUCACGAUCCGUGUCAAAGACACUACCUCCUGCAUCGAGUUUAGAAGUGACACUGUUUGAUCGUCUGCUGCAGUUGUAUGGUGAUGGAUGCAAAGCUCUGCUCUCUGUCCAGUAUCGGAUGAAUGAAGAGAUUAUGUCUUAUCCCAAUGAGGCAUUGUACCAUGGCAAACUAUCUGCCCAUACCUCUUGUGCUCAUAUUCGGCUGACAGACUUGGGCGUCGACGGUGAUGAUGCGGAUGUAUUCUGUGCGCCGCUAGUGUUCUACGAUACUACAGGACUGGGCUAUUAUGAGCGUGAAGAAGAGUCCCUCUUGCAAACACAUUCCCACAUCAAUGAAAAUGAGGCCACGCUUGUGUUGGAGCAUAUGGCCACGCUUGUGUCGCAUGGGAUCGAGCCGUCGCAGGUAGCGGUUCUCUCACCGUAUGCAGCGCAAGUGAGCUUGCUGAGCCAGCAGCUCCGUGCCAAGUACGGUGCGGAGGUAGAAGUCGGUACAGUGGACGGCAUGCAAGGCCGUGAAAAGGACGUGGUCAUUCUCAGCUUGGUCCGUAGCAAUGACCAACAUACCGUGGGCUUCUUGCAAGAUCGUCGACGCUUGAAUGUGGCCAUGACACGAGCCAAGCGUCAGCUGGUUGUCAUCGGGGACGCUGAGACGAUUGGCGAGCAUGGCAAGGACACGUCUGUGUCGCGUGUCUUUUUGCACAACUGGAUGGAGCACCUGCAGACCGAAGCCCUGGUCGAGGUGUGCGCCUUGUAA